AUGUUUCGAAUCGCCCGUUCUGCCGCGAGAACUCUCACCACUUCCGCUCGAACUCCCAAGCAAGUGUUCGUGCGAGAUGCGCUCAACAUGGCUAUGGACGAGGAAAUGGAACGAGAUGAAGGCGUCGUUCUGAUCGGCGAGGAAGUCGCCCAGUAUGAUGGUGCCUAUAAGGUUUCUCGAGGUCUCCUUGGCAAGUACGGAGAAAACCGAGUCAUCGACACUCCAAUUACCGAGAUGGGUUUCGCCGGUAUGGCCGUCGGAGCUGCCUUCGGUGGCCGAGGAAUGAAGCCCAUUUGCGAGUUCAUGACCUUCAACUUCUCCAUGCAGGCCAUCGAUCAGGUCGUCAACAGUGCUGCCAAGACUCUUUACAUGUCCGCUGGUCGAUGCGAAUGCCCAAUGGUUUUCCGAGGACCUAACGGAGCCGCACUCGGUGUUGCUGCUCAGCAUUCUCAGUGCUUUGCCGCUUGGUAUUCUUCUGUCCCUGGUCUUGUCGUUAUGGCACCUUACUCUUCCGAGGAUUGCAAGGCUAUGUUGAAGGCUGCUAUUCGAGACCCCAACCCUGUUGUUUUCCUUGAAAACGAAAUCCUCUACGGCAGAGCUUUUGAAGUUUCUGAUGAAGUUAUGGAUAAGAACUAUGUUGCUGAAGUUGGAAAGGCUAAAAUCGAGAAAGAAGGAAGCGAUGUUUCGAUCAUUUCUUUCGGCUAUGGCGUCGGCAUUUCCCUUGAAGCCGCCGAAGUCCUCCAGCAGCAGCACGGAAUCAACUGCGAAGUUGUCAACCUUCGAACUCUUCGUCCUCUUGAUACCGAAGCUAUUAUCAAGUCGGUCAAGAAGACCAAUCACCUUGUCACCGUCGAGACUGGCUGGCCUCAGUGCGGUAUUGGUGCUGAGAUCAUUACUACUGUAAUGGAAUCAGAUGCUUUCGAUUAUUUGGAUGCUCCAUGCAACAGAGUCACUGGCGCCGAUUUGCCCAUGCCUUACGCUAAGAAUAUGGAGGAUGAAGCAAACAUCAAAGCUUCAGAUAUUAUCACCAGUGUGCUCAAGAUGAAGAACCUCUAA